GCUGAUUGUAAUAGUCUCCUUGUAGUCUGCUAGUUGCUUGUUGUGUAUAUUGCAAAUUUGCAUGUUUUUCUUCAAGAUUUUUGACUAACUUUAGUUGUCUUACAAGAGAAAAUUUUAUUAUAAAACAUCACAAUGGCACUGAGCUUUACCAGGCUUUUGUGUCGUCAAAAUUUGGAGUUUCGUCAAUUUCGUGGAUUGUACACUUCUUGCCCACUGGCACUUUCGAAAACCGCUGCAACACGUGCUACGUGUUCGACUACUGUCGAAUCUCACGAUGAACGGAAUAUGCGACUUAAACGACCAAUGUCGCCUCAUUUGACUAUUUAUCAACCGCAAUUGACAACAAUGCUUUCAUUAACGCAUCGUACAACGGGAAUUAUUUUAGCAUCUUAUGCAAUGGCUCUAGGAUUCGGUACCUUACUAGUUCCGGGCGGAAUUCCUUGCCUCAUUAGCAUUGUGGAACACUGGUGUCUUCCUUCAGUUAUUCUUAUCCUGGGAAAAGCACUUUUAGCCCUUCCUGUCACGUACCAUUACGCUAAUGGAAUACGUCAUUUGGCUUGGGAUCUCGGCAAAUUUCUAUCGCUCAAAGAGGUUUACUCCACUGGUUACUUAGUUUCUGGCUUAUCCAUCGGUGCAGCUUUGGCACUUGCAAUUCUAUAAGUGUUAAUACAAACAAAAAAACUAAAAAAGAAAACAAAAAAAUUAAUAAAAUUCGUUAAGUAGAAUACAAGGUAAAUAUUAAAUUUUCUGUAACGUAUAGAAUAAAGUUA